AUGCUUGGGGAUAUCUUCUCCGCGCUCGGCCCGCUGGAGGGUUGCAAGCUCAUUCGCAAGGACAAGUCGUCGUACGGGUUUGUGGAUUUUUACGACCAUCGAUCUGCGCAGGCAGCGCUGUUCACACUCAACGGCCGCCUCCUGUUUGGGCAGCCGAUCAAGGUGAACUGGGCGUAUGCCAGCACUAACCGAGAAGACACCUCAACGCAUGUGAACAUAUUCGUGGGCGACCUGGGUCCAGAGGUCACAGAUGCCUCGCUCUUUGCCGCCUUCAGCACCUUCCCCAGUUGCUCGGACGCGCGGGUCAUGUGGGACCAUCGGACAGGCCGCUCAAGAGGCUAUGGCUUUGUGUCCUUCCGCAGCCAACUGGACGCAGAGGCAGCAAUAACAGAGAUGACAGGCAAGUGGGUGGGAACCCGGCCCAUUCGAUGCAACUGGGCCACCAAGAACCAAGCCAUGGACGAUGCUUCCAAGCAGCACCAGCAGCAGCAGCAACAGCAGCAACAGCCAGUGGUGGUGUUGCCACAACAGCAGCAGCAGCAGCAGCAAGCGCAGGCGCAACAACAGGCGGCAUCGCAACAAGCAGUGUUGCAGUCAGGGGCGGAGGGUGCAGAUGGAGGGGCGAAUGGCUCCGUCAAGCACGAGUCAAAAGACAAUGAUUCACAAGGAGCAGCACCAGGGGCGGCCGCAGCCGCUGCUGCAGGGGCCCCGGGCACUGCUGCUGCUGGCGCGGCUGCUGCUGCUGCUGCUGCUGCGGCGGCUGGGGGGCCUGGUACGACGAGCAGUGCACAGUUCACAACAGUCUAUGUGGGCAACUUGGCCUCAGAGGUGUCGCAGACGGAGCUGCACCGGCAGUUCUACGCGCUGGGAGUGGGCAUCAUAGAGGAGGUGCGCGUGCAGCGCGACAAGGGCUUUGGCUUUGUGCGCUACCGCACGCACGAAGAGGCCGCUGCUGCCAUCCAGGCCGCCAAUGGCCGCGUCAUCUGCGGGAAAUCCGUCAAGUGCUCCUGGGGCAGCAAGCCCACCCCCCCCUCCGCCACCACAACCCCUGGCGGCCUCCCCCCACCGCCUCCCGCCCCCCCUGCCUACACCGCCCCUGCGGGCGCGUUUGGCGGCCCGUCUGCUGCUGACCUGCUGGCGUACCAGCGCCUGCGUGCCCUCAUGCCCCCUGCCGCACAAGCAGGCGCCAUGCCCAUGGGUAUGGGCAUGGGCAUGGGCAUGGCUGGGGGGGGAAUGGCGGGCAUGGGGGGGAUGGGGGGAAUGGCUGGGAUGGGGGGGAUGGGGCCUGGGAUGGGGGGAAUGGGGCCGGGUAUGGGGGGGCUGGGGGCGAUGGGGGGGAUGGGAGGGGGAAUGGGGCCGGGAGGGGUGGGGCCAGGGAUGGGGGGUGCAGCAGGGGGGGUGCCUGGGGUGGGAAGUGGAGGGGCAGGGUACGAUGCAUAUCGGGCAGGGUCGGGAGUAAAUUCAGGAGGGGUGGGAGGAGGGCAGCAGCACAUGUACUAUUACUACGUUCGGCGCUUCGCAGCCAUGUGGUCGGCAGCAGCGACGCCGGCGGGGCCGCGCGGGCCGCUGGUUACGUUCGGCGAUCUGGUGGGCGAUCUAACGGCGGAGGAGACGCGCGAGCGCGUCGAUCGCGGAGAUUUCGACGAUCGUGAGGGAGGAGUUCAAGAGAGGGGUAAGCUGCGGCGGCGACGGCGACGGUCGCAGCAGCAGCAGGAGCAACCAAGAGGGGAGGAUGGAGAUGUCGUCACAGGUUCCUCCGCUCCGUCGUUGCUGCCGCGACCCGCCUCGCCUCCGCUCGCGCUGCCCGCAUCACCGCAUGCAGCGCGCGCCUCCCACGUCACUCGUCACAUGCUCCUCUCUUCCUUUGAGGCAUCGUUGGACGACUUCCGCUCAUCGCUCUUGGAGCCCGGCCAUGCAUGGACGCGCUUCACCGCGCAGGCUGCCACACCUGCUUCUCUCCCUUCCAUCCCUUCCACCUCCUCCCUCUCCUCCGCUAUAAAACUCUUCCCUUCCCUUCCUCCAUCCCUCCUUCCCUCCCCUCUCAUCUCACUCCCACCCCUCCCCCUCCUCCCCCUCUCCCCCCUCCAGAUGUGUGCAGCCCUCUCCUCCGCGGAUCAUCUCCUCCUCUCCGCGCGCUCCUCCCUCACCUCCCUCGCAGCCAAUCUCCUGCGCCUGCGCCUCCUCGCCUCCCGAGCUGCCUCCGCCCUCUCCCUCCUCCGCUCAGCCCUGCACUCGUCCCCCGCCUCAUCCCCCUCUUACGCCUCCCCUGCAGCACCUCUUGCCGUCCCUCCGCCUCGCUCUCUGCUUUCCCAGCACCCGUAUUUGCCACAGCGUGCGGUGGAUGAGGCGUCACAGGGUCAAGAGGGGGGGCAGUGCGUGCAAGGAGAGGGGGUUCUGGGCGGUGCAGCGCCCUCUCCUGCACCUCCGCCUGCCACCAUUGCCCCUGCAUCCUUCCCAGUCCCCUUUCAACCCGCCCCCAUUGCACACCCCACCUCCUCCUCCUCCGCCUCUGUCGCCCUCACCACUACUCUCAACCCCACCAUCCCCGCUACUGCUGCACACCAUGCAUCCCCUGCAUUCGAUCCUUCUGAUCCUUAUCCUGCCCCUCCCCCAGUAGCCCCUCCCACACACUUCCCCGCUCACUCUCUCCCACCAACCACUCCCCUUUCUGACUUUAACACUGCCCUUCCCCCCACCACGGGUGCACCCGCUGCGUCUGCUGCUGCGGCUGCAGUUGCUGCUGCUGCUCUGCCCCCACCGAUGGCUGCACCCUCCUCUGCCCCUCCCACUGCCCUGACACAUGAAACCACCAUGAGUGUCUCGCUUCAGCCAUUCCCCCCCUCCAUGCCUCCCUCUCUCCCUCCCUCCAUGUCUCCUUCCUUCGCUCCCUCCAUGCCUCUUUCUGCUCCCUCUUCUUCCCUUUCACCUCCCAACCCUUCUCUUGCGCCUCCCCUCUCCGCUCCUCCCCUCUCCGCUCCUCCCCUCUCCGCUCCUCCCCUCUCUGCCCCUCCCCUCUCUUGCCCUCCCCUCUCUGCCCCUCCCCUCUCUGCCCCUCCCCUCUCUGACCCUCCCCUCUCUGCCCCUCCCCUCUCUGCCCCUCCCCUCUCUGCCCCUCCCCUCUCUGCCCCUCCUGUCUCCUCAACCCAAGGUGCCCCUCCUACCGCCCCUCCCGCCGUUCCACUUUUUUCCGCUCCCACUGCCCCUGCAUUUUUCAACCCAUCUGCCCGGGCUGCCCGGCCCAAACCCCCAAAGUUCUUUGUUCCCACGGCCCCAUAA